UCGGGGUCUUGGUAAAUGGACAUGUGUCUGGAGUUCCCACCUCCUGUUGAAAAUGAACGAAGGGAAGAUAUAGAAGUGCUUGAGCAGAGGUUAACAUAUAAACAUUCUGCUCCAGCCAAGGUGGUAAGGGCUGCAGCUCCUAAACAGCGCAAAGGCAGCAAGGUUGGUGACUUUGGAGAUGCAAUCAACUGGCCUACGCCUGGAGAGAUAGCCCACAAGAGUGUACAGCCACAGUCUCACAAGCCUCAGCCUGUGCGUAAGCUGCCACCCAAGAAGGACAUGAAGGAACAGGAGAAAGGAGAGGGGAGCGACAGUAAGGAGAGCCCCAAAACCAAAUCAGACGAGUCCGGGGAGGAGAAGAACGGGGAUGAAGACUGCCAACGUGGUGGGCAGAAAAAGAAAGGGAACAAACACAAGUGGGUUCCGUUGCAAAUAGACAUGAAGCCUGAAGUACCCAGAGAGAAACUGGCCUCACGGCCCACUCGCCCGCAGGAGCCGAGACACACACCUUCGAACCGUGGGGAAAUCAAAGGGUCUGAGCCUGCCACCUACAUGCCUGUGUCUGUGGCACCCCCCACCCCAGCCUGGCAACCAGAGACCAAACCGGAACCCGCCUGGCACGACCAGGAUGAGACGUCGAGUGUGAAGAGUGAUGGGGCUGGUGGGGCGCGGGCUUCCUUCCGUGGCCGUGGACGGGGGCGUGGUCGAGGCCGGGGACGCGGCCGGGGUGGCACUCGAACCCAUUUCGACUACCAGUUUGGCUACCGAAAGUUUGAUGGCACAGAGGGCCCUCGCACCCCCAAAUACAUGAACAACAUCACCUACUACUUUGACAAUGUCAGCAGCACUGAGCUGUACAGCGUGGACCAGGAGCUGCUAAAGGACUAUAUCAAGCGUCAGAUUGAAUACUACUUCAGCGUGGACAAUUUAGAGCGAGACUUCUUCCUGAGACGGAAAAUGGAUGUCGAUGGUUUCCUUCCCAUCACCCUUAUUGCUUCCUUCCACCGAGUGCAGGCCCUCACCACUGACAUUUCACUUAUCUUUGCGGCCCUAAAGGACAGCAAGGUGGUGGAGAUCGUUGACGAGAAAGUCCGCAGGAGGGAAGAGCCUGAGAAGUGGCCUCUUCCAGGUCCCCCCAUAGUGGAUUAUUCACAGACUGAUUUUUCCCAGCUUCUCAACUGCCCUGAGUUUGUUCCUCGCCAGCACUACCAGAAGGAGACAGAGUCGGCACCUGGCUCUCCUCGAGCAGUCACCCCAGUGCCAACGAAGACAGAGGAGGUCAGCAACCUAAAGACACUGCCCAAGGGCCUGUCUGCCAGCCUGCCUGACCUGGAUUCCGAGAACUGGAUUGAAGUCAAGAAGAGGCCUCGGCCCUCCCCAGCACGGCCCAAGAAGUCAGAGGAGUCCAGGUUUUCCCACCCGACCUCUCUGCCCCAGCACCUUCCCUCCCAGCAGCUAAUGUGUAAGGAUCAAGAUGAGCAAGAGGAACUAGAUUUCCUGUUUGAUGAGGAGAUGGAACAGAUGGAUGGGCGGAAGAACACUUUCACCGCCUGGUCUGAUGAGGACUCUGACUAUGAGAUUGAUGACCGGGAUGUCAACAAGAUCCUCAUAGUCACCCAGACACCACCUUACAUGCGCCGGCACCCUGGAGGGGAUCGCACAGGCAAUCACACCUCUCGUGCCAAGAUGAGUGCCGAGCUGGCCAAGGUCAUUAAUGAUGGGCUGUUCUACUAUGAGCAGGACCUGUGGACUGAGAAAUUUGAACCUGAGUAUUCCCAGAUCAAGCAAGAAGUUGAGAACUUCAAGAAAGUCAACAUGAUCAGCCGGGAGCAGUUUGACACACUGACCCCAGAACCCCCUGUGGAUCCCAACCAGGAAGUUCCUCCUGGGCCACCACGGUUCCAACAAGUUCCGACUGACGCGCUGGCCAACAAGCUGUUCGGUGCUCCUGAGCCCUCCACCAUCGCCCGCUCUCUCCCAACCACUGUCCCAGAAUCGCCAAACUACCGCAAUGCCAGGACCCCCCGCACACCCCGGACCCCACAGCUCAAAGACUCAAGCCAGACGUCACGGUUUUACCCAGUGGUGAAAGAAGGACGGACGCUAGAUGCCAAGAUGCCUCGAAAAAGGAAGACAAGGCACAGCUCAAACCCGCCUUUGGAGAGCCAUGUGGGCUGGGUGAUGGACUCCCGAGAGCACAGGCCCCGGACUGCAUCCAUUAGUUCUAGCCCCUCGGAAGGGACACCUGCAGUUGGCAGCUAUGGCUGUACUCCUCAGUCACUGCCCAAGUUCCAGCAUCCUUCCCAUGAGCUGCUCAAGGAAAAUGGCUUCACACAACAUGUCUACCACAAGUAUCGUAGGCGCUGCCUUAACGAGCGGAAGCGCUUGGGCAUUGGCCAGUCUCAGGAGAUGAACACUCUUUUCCGCUUCUGGUCCUUCUUCCUGCGAGAUCACUUCAACAAGAAGAUGUAUGAGGAGUUCAAGCAGCUGGCUUUGGAGGAUGCCAAAGAAGGCUACCGAUAUGGUUUAGAGUGCCUUUUUCGAUACUAUAGUUAUGGUCUAGAGAAGAAGUUCCGGCUGGACAUAUUCAAGGAUUUCCAGGAGGAAACUGUGAAGGACUAUGAAGCUGGCCAGCUCUAUGGGUUAGAGAAGUUCUGGGCCUUCUUGAAAUAUUCUAAAGCCAAAAAUUUGGACAUUGACCCCAAACUACAAGAAUACCUCGGCAAAUUCCGACGUCUAGAAGACUUCCGAGUGGAUCCCCCCAUGGGUGAGGAGGGCAACCACAAGCGACAUCCAGUGGUAGCAGGUGGUGGCAGUGGUGAGAGCAGGAAGCGGUGCCCCUCCCAAUCUUCCAGCAGGCCUGCCGCCAUGAUCAGCCAACCCCCUACAGCUCCUACUGGCCAGCCCACCCAGGACGAUGCUAAAUGGACAAGCCAGCACUCGGACACACAGACUUUGGGAAAGUGAAACGCCCUUAGCCCCUGGGGUUUGGGGGAAGGGGUGGGGUGGGUAAGGGUCCAUGGGGGUGCCCAGUCCCAGGAGAGGGGACAGAGAAGGGACAAGCCUGGAGUUAAUAGGAUGGGCCUCUGUGCUGAGUAGCAGUGUGUACACCAUUUGGGCUGUUAGAGGUACCCUGGGCAGGAGCCUGCACACUUCCCCUUCCCCUCCUCUCUCCACGACUCUUCCAUCCUAGCUUCUUCUAAGGGGGGAGGGAAAGGGGGAGAUUUUUUAUAUAUAUAUAUACAUAUAUAUAUAUCAAGUUUUAAAUUAUUGAUAGUUUGUCUGGAUUACCAAAAUCACUCUUCAGCCCUGCCCACGGCUAGUAGGCCGCAGCCCUGGUCCCCACCCACAGCCUCCUCCUGCUCCCUGAAGCCAACUAUGCAGCCCACCAGAAGGCCCUGCGGGCCCCAUGGAAGGUUCUGACAGCACCUGGGCCCAGGGAGAGCAGCCCCGACCACCGGGGUUUGGCGUGGCCGCGCUCUCUCACCGUCCUCCCCUUGCCCUUCUGCCGCCUUCUGGGAGAAGGAAACCAAAGGAUCUGAAAGUGGGAGCUGGGGGAAGGUUUCAGCUUCUCUCCACUCCCCCUCCCCCACCGCCUUCCCAGCCCAGAGAAACGCUGCUCGUACCAGAAAAGACUAUUGAAAGAUGAUUUAUUUUAUUUUUCUCUGACCUUUCCAUCCUUUGGAAAAUAGAAAAGAAAAAAGAAAAAAAAAGAAAAAAUUGACCAUUAAAAACUUUAAAAAAAAAAAAAUCAGAAAUCCCCCUUCUGAUCCAUAGAAAGUGAUGUCUUCCCCUUCUCCUUAGAUUUUUUUGUUUUGUUUUGUUUUGUUCUUGGAAAUAAUAUUUUUUUAAAAGUUGCCUUAUUGUGGAGCGGGAAUCUGAAAUAAUACCCAAAUGCCUGUUUUCCUCGGUGGAGUCAACCCGAACAGCUCCCACCUUCUCUGGAUGUGCCUGGGCGUGGACUGGCUAGAAUCUUCCUCUGGACUGAGUUGCAUGUACAGUGCCUCACACCUGGAGGCAAGAGAGUUGGGGGCGACUCGCACGUGAGCCGUGCCCAGAAUGUCCCUGCUGUUGCAUCGUUUGAAGCUGACGUCCUGUGUCUGUGUACUGCUGCCGCUGUCAUGUCCUCACUCAGCUUGCUGUUGCCUCGCGCCAGGCUCCGUCCUGCCGUGAUGUCCUUCACCCUGCUCUCAGAACCCCAUGGCCAGGUUGGCUUCAAACUGUUGGGAAAGAGUUGGCCUGGAUCUGGAGCACACUCGUCCUCAGCCUGAACCUCUUCCCCCAUGCCAGAGGGGACAGUUGAACACCUGGCAGCUGAGGCCUGACUGCAUUUCUCAUGUUGUCCUGAAAGAUUGAGACCUCGAGGAGGCUUUGUCUCAGAAGAGGUGGUGGAAGGUGUCUUUGUCCUCCGAGGGUCUGGUGGGGUCUCCCCAUCUGGCACCCCCCCUCCGCAAACCAUCUCUACUUGCCCUCUCGCUGACUCUGCCUGGGAACGAGAGAUGAGGAACUGGGGCUGGGGGGGGGUCCUGCCGAUUGGUGAAGCCCUGUGGCAGGAAGGUAUAUGUGGACAUAGAGUAUACCUGACUUCUCUUCUCCAGCCACCGAGCGCCUGAGCUGGGCUGUAAUGACAAUGGAAUGGCUGGAGUCUGCUGUCGUCAGAAGCUAGGGAGGGCAAUGAAGGACUGACCCGGACAGACUGGGACGUGUGUUUAGUAUGGGCGUGACUGCACAUUCCCCUCCAGUGGGAGAAGUUUGUGGUCUUGCUGCUCAGUUUCUGCAGUGUCCUUGACGCUCCUGUUCAGUGGCUUCCUCUGUUGGCCAAGCGGUUGGGAGUAGGAGACCAUGUCCAGGCUGACAGGGCUUGCCCUCCGUCGCGGGUGCGUCAUUGCUUUUAGCCUCCCCCCCUCGCUGUGUGUGGGAAGCCCCUCUCAGUUCCUGUGACCCAGUCGUCUCAAACCAAGGAGGAGUGUCUGGUUUCAGCCGUGAAGCUGGCACUUGAUGCCUUUCCCGGAUGGGUCUGGUUGGUGCCCGCCCUACAUGGUGCCCUGCACUGGACUCCUGGACCCCUUUCCUGCUCUUCAUUUCUUCCUGCUUUGCUUUGCUUUGAGUCCGCCAUACUGUAUCUAGCACCACAGAAACCUCAGUGUUCGGCCUCUGCUGGGCUUGGGGCGCACGGAAGCCGUGAGGUGGGGCAAAGGCUGUUCUCAUCUAGAAUUUACUCCUAGGCCAGGGCUGCUGUCCUCUCCUGCUCCUCUCAGACAAGCCUCAAGGAGGAAGCCCUUUAUGGUGGGAAGGUGAGGGUUUCAUCUCAGCCUAGGCUGAAGAGGGAGAGAGGGAGGGGGGCUUUUUUCUUUUUACCUUUUUUGUAACAUGUUAGGAGUUAAUGUUGCAAAGAGUAGUUUACAUCUUCACUUUCUGAAGACACUUGAAUUUAGGACCGAUGUAUCUGUGACAAGCAUGCCAAGGGUGGCAGGGGCUGUCAGGGCUCGCCACUUCACACCCGCCAUCUUCCUGCGGGCAGUUUAAAACCCGAGACACGCGCAACAGCCCGCCCAACCCCGUGCGCAUCCCACACAAGGGCCAGGCUCACAGGGGCAGGUUCUUGUCUGCCCUUUCCCGAGCCUGGGAGAAAUGCACUACCCCUAGAGAAAGCCUCCCAACCCUGCCCUGGCCUGGCCCCCUGGGGCUCAGAUAGAGGUGCUGAGCCCCUGUCAAAGUUGUUCAGUAUUUCUGUUUUGUUCCAUUAUAGCUCUCCCCCGUUUCCCCAUGAUUGGUUCACAAAGAAAGCAAGCUGCUCGGAAGGCCCUGGAUAUGGGGGUAGGGGCAAGGAGAUGAGUAGUUAGGAUGGUAGGGUUUUCUUGCCAAAAGCUUGGGUAGAGCGGUCUGGAUUAUCUGGCACCCUCCGGAAUGGGAACCCUGAAGCACCUCUUGUAUGAAAGGGGCCCUAGAUUCUCCCCCACCCGCGCCCUCUUCCUCCUUCAGCUAUGUUGAUGGCAGAGGCAGAGAAGACAAGAACUUACAGCCCAUUUCUCACUGCAGAGGAAAACUUGUCAUCUGGCUUUGCGGAGAAGGUUCCACCUUACGCUCGUAGUACAUUAUCUUUACCAUGUGCUAGGAUAUCACACUUAAAAGGACAAAAAAAAUGUAAAAUACUUGAAUGAGCUUGUAUUAUAACAUUAAUAUUAUUGAGAGUACCUGCUUCCCAGGCUGAGGUGAUUCAUUCAUUACUCUAGUCCUGCUUUAGUCCUUUGUAAUUUGUGGUAAUUAUGCUUUUCUUUUUAAUACAAAAAAAAAUGUAUAAAAAUAAAAAUAUGAAAAGGCAAAA